AUGACAAUCAACUUCUUCAUACUGUAUUUUGGAAUCGCUUCGAGUAUGCAGGCUGAGGCCCGCGCUUUGCUUUUUGGGGUCAACUUAUGCCUCCAGAGGGAUUUUGAUGCCUUUGAUGUUGAACUGGAUUCCUCGGUGUUAGUGCAAAUUCUAAAUAGGACAUCGCAGUGCCCAUGGAGUAUCUAUAAGGAGGUGCAACAGUUGGUCGGGUUGGUAUCCCACUUUCCACGCAUUCGUCACUGUUAUCGUCAGGCUAACCAGGUUGCAGAUAUAUUGGCUAAUGAAGGUUGUCGACAGGGUCGGGUGGAGAUUUAUUUGGCCGCUUCAGCUUUACCCCAGUUAGCGAGAGGAGCAUAUCACCUUGAUAGGAUAGGAGUUGCGUCUAUUCGUGUGGUCAUGCUUACUGCUGGAACAGACACUUUAUCGGUGACUAUAGAAUGGGCCUUGUCUCUUUUGCUUAACCAUCUUGAGGUGCUAGAGAAAGCUCGAGCUGAAUUAGAUGCUCAAUCCGAUGACUGUAAAAUUGGGGGAUACAAUAUUCCGCAAGGCACAAUUUUGCUAGUUAAUGCAUGGGCAGUUCACAGGGACCCAAACGUUUGGGAUGAUCCAACAAGCUCCAAGCCAGAGAGAUUCGAAGGCUUGCAGGUUCAGCCAUCAAAGCUGAUUCCAUUUGGGAUGGGAAGUAGAUCUUGCCCUGGUUCUGGCCCAGCACAGCAGGUGGUGGGUUUGGCCUUGGGAUCUCUAAUUUAG